UGCCAGUCAUCGCUAUCCUGGCUCUCUGACCGCACGCAGAGGGUUUAUGAAAUCCUGGAUUCGAGAAAGACCUUUUUAUACGUUGAGUGAACAGUUAAAAAAUUCUUUUAAAACUUCAGUUUAUGUACAUCCAGCCAGUAAUAAAUAAUCUGAACGACUACUGAUCAUAGACAACUUUUUUUUUUUCAUACAAUGGCAGUGACGAUUGUUUAUUUUGAAUGUGAUUGACUAUAUUUUAUGUUCUAAUACUCUAUGGUUUAUAAGGAAAUAAGACAUGGUAUUCUCUACAAAUGUGUAACAAAAACAUAAGAAACAGGACAACAAAAAUGUCCUCCGACUGCAAUUAUUUUAUGAAUUAUUUAAGAGAAAGAAAUCUAAUUUUGGGGAAUUCAACGGUAUCGUGACAGUAAUUAAAAUAACAGCUAAUAACUAUGAGUACAGAAUCAUCAGCUUUCGAGAUGCAAGUAAGGAAAGAUGAAGGGCAUAAGGAAAUUAAAACGAAAGCCACUCUUUCUUCUGGAAAGAUUUUUUAUAAGCCCGGUCUCAUUGAAGAAGAAACGGAUGAUACAAGUGUCAUAGACAGUUCAGUGGUCGAGUCUCCAAUGCUUGGUGUUGGAUAUGGGGACGGUGGAUUCUUGAGGCCGUCGCUACAUCAAUCGAGUAGCCUCCAUCGAGUUCCGACCUACAGCAGUUCGAUCGGCCAUAGCACUAUUUAUCGUCACGACACUUGUAGAAGCCGAUCACAUAGACACGGUGCUUCUAGAAGAACAAGACGACGGGCCAUUCUCAAAAAUGGCGAAUGUAAUAUUCUCAAAUCACGGAUCUCACAACGGCGUUUACGAUUCCUUCAGGAUAUGUUCACAACACUUGUGGAUGCCCAGUGGCGAUGGACUCUACUUGUGUUUACAUUGUCAUUCAUUUUAUCCUGGCUAGGAUUUGCUCUUAUCUGGUGGUUGAUUGCAUUCACACAUGGUGAUCUUGAACUGGACCACUUACCGCCGAUGCAAGAAAGUACAAACUGGAAGCCGUGUGUGUUUAAUAUUUUUGACUUUACCUCAUGUUUCUUAUUUAGUAUUGAAACUCAACAUACUAUUGGAUACGGUGCGCGUACAACAACAGAAGAAUGCCCAGAAGCAAUAUUUAUUAUGUGCUUACAGAGCAUAGUAGGUGUAAUGAUUCAGGCUUUCAUGGUGGGUAUCGUGUUCGCUAAGAUGACGAGACCGAAGCAUAGAACUCAGACACUCCUGUUCUCAAAACAUGCAGUGAUCUGCCAGAGAGACGGUGAACUUUGCCUAAUGUUUAGAGUCGGUGACUUGAGAAAAUCUCAUAUUAUAGGAGCCAGCGUUAGAGCUCAAUUAAUUCGAUCCAGAACAACUAAGGAAGGAGAGCUUUUAUCGCAUUACCAAACUGAAUUAGAGUUAAAUGCGGAUGGCUGUGACAGUAAUCUUUUCUUCAUCUGGCCUAUCACGAUGGUCCAUCGAAUAAAUGCUAAUAGUCCAUUCUACGGUGUCUCAGCAGCCGACAUUCUUCAAGAAAAAUUCGAGAUCGUAGUUAUUUUGGAAGGAACAAUAGAGUCGACAGGACAGACCACUCAAGCACGAUCUAGUUAUACAACAAGUGAAAUAAUGUGGGGACACAGAUUUGUGCCAUUAGUGUCAUACAACCGCGAACGCCAAGGGUAUGAGGUAGAUUAUUCUAAAUUCGAAGAAACGACACAAGUCGACACUCCUCUUUGUUCUGCUAAAGAGUUGGAUGAGUUUUAUGGGAACCAAGCUGACCGUAGAUCUAUUGAGAGUACGGAACAAAUGGUUCUGAAGUUACCGGAACGCGCGCCCCGCACCACAGCACCCGCUGAGAAUCCUGCACCAAAAGCUGAACAGAAAAAUGGAGAUUUCACCGUUACGCUUUAAAUAUAUAAACAUAUGUUCAUAUGAUAUACACAAUAUGGAUAUCGUAAUAUACAUUAAAAAUAUUUUCGAAUCUCUAGCCAUAUGCUUUAAUUGUUUUUAAAGUAUGCGACUAAAGUUCCAUAUAUUUUAAUAGAUUUAAAUUAGUCUUAAAAAAUAAUAUCUGAUAUACAUAUUUAUCAUUCACUAGUCACUUUAAAUUGUACUAUAUCUUAUAAUUAAUUUCGUACAAAGAAAUGAAAUUAUUAUAUAAGAAAUAUUUUUGUCUUCCUGUAAGGUUCUGCGAACUUAAGAGUUCGUUUUGUAUUCAUAUACAUUCCAUUAUAUUUUUUAUAAAGAAUUUUUAUGUACAUUUGAUAAGAAAUGUAAAACUUAAAGUAAAGAGCAUAUUUAGCAAUAAGUUUUAGUUAAAUAUUUUAGACAUACAACUUGUAAUUUAUAUCUUAGACAAAUAAAAUUAUUCGAAAGAUAUCCCAGUAUUGAAGUAGAUUUUAUUGUUCAUUGAUUGAUAUGAGUUAUAGACCAACAGCCAACAAGCCCCGGCUGUAGGAGAUUGUCAAAAUCCACUUUUAGUUCAUCACAUACCACUAGUACCUAAUUUAUAUUAAAAAUGAGAACACCUUGCUGACUUCUUCUAUUGUAUUCAAUUGUUACAAUAUGUGUCACUAAAAUGAGAUAGCAUCGCAAUUAUGUGAUCAUGUUCGAUGUAAAUAUUUUAUGAAUAAUUUAUAUUGUGACGUUUA